CUGCACCACGGGACCCUCCUGGGCGGCAGAGCUUGUGCCCACAUGGCAGCAGCUGCCUGGGCCAGUGCCUUUCUCAUUGCUCUCAUGCACACAGCCAAUACAUUUUCCCUGCCCCUGUGCCAUGGCAAUGCCCUGGGCCAGUUCUUCUGUGAAAUCCCACAGAUCAUCAAGCUCUCCUGCUCAAAAUCCCACCUAAGGAGUCUACUGCCUCUUGCUUUUAAUGUCUUUUUAUCAUUUGGCUGUUUUGUGUUCAUUGUUUUCUCCUAUGUGCAGAUCUUCAGGGCUGUGCUGAGGAUCCCCUCUGAGCAGGGACGGCACAAAGCCUUUUCCACCUGCCUCCCUCACCUGGCCGUGGUCUCCCUGUUCCUCAGCACUGUUAUGUUUGCCUAUCUGAAACCCCCCUCCAUGUCCUCCCCAUCCCUGGAUCUGUCACUGUCAGUUCUGUACUCAGUGGUGCCUCCACACAUCCACACUCAUAUCCAGCUUGGUGUCAUCUGCAAAUUUGUGAAUGGUGGACUGGAUCUCCUCAGCCAGAUCAUCAGUGAAGAUGUUAAACAGGACUGGGCCCAACACAGAUCCCUGGGGGACAGCACAACUCAGGAGAACACUUGUCCUGAGGACAACCAGUCCCAAUAUUGA